AGAAUGCCCUCAUGCCAGUGUCCCAUCGUUAACAGGUGGAGGAGAAGAAUGAUUUCUGUGGGAUUCUCAAAGUAAAUGGGCAAUUUUCAUGCACAUGGAGAAUCUAUUUCUGCAGACUGAGUUCAGGCCAGACCUACUCUGUCAAAGCCCGACAGAGAGACCUGAGAUGCCACAGAAAAUGGCUGAAACAUGUGGGAUUCUGGAAGGGACAGGCAGAGCGAAUGAGAACUGCGGGAACGAUGACAACCCCUCCACGGGUCCAGACUUCACUGUCUCAAAGGCCCCUCCAGACUCCCAGCUCAGGGUGACGCCUGCUGCCUUUGAUCAGAGCUCUCCUGUCAUUUACCAUGACUCAGCUCUGCCCUCUCCACUCCAUCCUGAACCCCAAGAGUCUUCACACCAAUCCGCGCCCCAGCUCCAAGCACAAAGCAUUACAAGAAGGUCCAAUGGUUCCUACUUUAGACUGCACAACAACGGAAAUGAAAGCCCAGCCCACCGAGGCUUGGCCCCUGUGGGGAUUUCCCUCCCCUGCUCCACCAGCCAGACAAGGCACCUGCCUUGUGGGUCAUUCAUUCCAUGUGAAUGGAAACCCUGGUCCCUGGCAGAUGUGUUCGUGCUUUGGUUGUAUUUUAAAUUGCUCUUCUCCGGACCAGUUUCAUUCCCUUCUUUUCCAGCCUCCAGUCUUCCAUUGCUGGGGCUCCCGACCCUCCCUCUCUAAUGCACCCUUUUGUGUUGCUGCAAAUUGCCUUCAAUUUCAGCAAAGCAGACUGCCAGCUUUC